AACCUCAUUAGCUUCCAGUCCGGGAGCAAUUCGCUUCGUGACCCUGCGCGGCUUAAUUGAUUAUUAGUACACGUUUAUUGGUUUUGACGCUGGUGUGAGGCGCUAAUAUGGAUGAAGACUGUGAUUCAGCUGAAGAUUUCGACUGUCCAAGCCUUCUGUGUGAGGAACUGGAGGAUCUGGAAACAAAGAAUGAUCAAUGGAGGAUGAGGAGGAGGAGAGAAGGAGAGGAGGAAGUGUUUAAUCAGAGGGAGGAUGAAGAGGCGGGAGAGGAGACACAUCGUGCAGAGAAGGAGGAGGAGAAAGAAAAGAAAAUGUCCAAAAGGGAAGUGAUGGUGACAGAGGGAGAAGAGGAGGAGCAGGUGAAGCCAGAGAGUAGGCUGGAAGUGGAGGAGGUACAGGAAGUGCAGAUGGAAGACAACGAGACUGAAAACAACAGGAAAACUAUUUCGGAUAACCCACAGAAUAAAGAAACAAAAAGUUUAGAAGAGAAAGAUGAGCAGAAAAAGAGCAGGAAGAGGCGAGCUAAGAAGCAAAGCGAAAGAGUGAGAAACAGGAGAGGAGUAAAAGAAGUCAGUGAGAGGUUUGAGGAGGAAAAGAAGAGUCAGAUACAGGAGUUAUCAGCGAUGAGCUCAGAGGAGAGCUGGGCUCUGUCGGAGCCUCCCUUUGGACUGAUGAACAGCUGUGACUUGUCCGACCCCAUCUACCUGGGUUGUGGGGGGGUGGGGCCGUAUUGUCCCCCAGUUCCUAUCCCGCUGCUGUACUCUGCACAACCCCCAGUCCCGAAUCAACCUGCACCUCCUCAGCCCCACGGGGCAAAAAGGCCUCACAGCCCCCUUCUGCCUCACAGUCUCCCCCAACAAGGCCCACCGCCUCUUGAGAUGGAGAUAACCCAGGUCUACUCCACCCGACGCUCCAUCCGCUACAGCACCAGGGGCAGAGGCCGGGCUCUCAGCUUCCCUCUGCUGCCAGGGUUAGAGGCUGUGGACAGCUGCCUGCUGCCUCCUGCACCAAAGAAGAAAACACGAACACUCUACAGUACUGAUCAGUUAGAGCAUUUAGAGGCCCUGUUCCAGGAGGACCACUAUCCUGAUGCAGAGAAAAGGAAAGUCAUUGCGGCUUCAGUUGGCGUCACACCUCAGAGAAUUAUGGUUUGGUUUCAGAACCGCAGGGCUAAGUGGAGGAAAGUAGAGCGGUCCAUCACAGCAAAGGUUGAACACAGACAGAGUAGAGCUGGAUGCAGCAGCAGCCCCCCACAUCACCAAAUCAACCCCACCCUGCCCACGUUGGCAUCUAAUAGUAAGGGAGCACCCUCUUUUCCUGGUCACUUUGCCACCAAGCAUCCCCAGCUUGUCCCUGCGGCACCCUCUUUCCCCACCCUAUCUAACCAGACCCCACCCUCCUACAACAACCUGCUGGCCAGCCUCAACAGCCCAGGUCAAUCCAGAGUGAGAGAUGGGGCCCAGCACCAGCUUUCAUCUCAGGGCGGGCUGACAGAAUACCACCCCCGUCCUAUGCACAGCCCUCCCCCCCUGCGGCGAGCCAGUCUCCCACUUUUCACAACGACGUACAAUCCCUCCAACCCCACUCCACCUCUCCUUAACACCCCAGCUCACACGCCGCCUCUGUUUCUGGAUGCUCUGGAGGGCGGCUCCACCUUGGCCCAUCGUGACACCCAGUCUCUGCAGACGGACACCAGUUCUCUGUUUGACUUUGGGGAGAAGCUCGAUUACCUGACGUCCAACCAACAGAACAGUCUGUCUUACCAGCUCCAGACCUCCUACCCAACCAGCCAGCCCCAGCACCAACCUCAGGCAUCUCUACCCCGCAUGGCCUACCUUACUCCCUCCCCCUACCUCACCCCCAACCCUCCAGAUUCCAACCCUACCUCCUACCUGACCUUUGGCCCUGGAGGAAACUCCACUGGGGUGGUGACCUACUCCACAGGAGGCCACGCCUACUUCCAGUCCCAGAGUGCUGGACAAAUAAUGCUGCAGUCCACUGGGCAUCAUGGUGGGAUCACAGCGUACCAGUCAUACCCGUGGGGAAGCAUGUACAGUCAGCCAACCAUGCAUCAACGUACUCAGUGCCCUCCAACUUACCCUGCCAGCUUGGGGGUUGCUCGAGACCACCAGCCACCCUCCUCCACCACCCUGCCUCCACCCUCAUUCUAUCCCCGGGGGGAUCUCGGGCUCUCACAUGCAAACUCCCAGCGCUCAUCACACACCCAGACACACACCACCAGCAGCAGCAGCAGCACCACCUCCCUCCCACCUGUGUCCACCCUGCGGCCCUCACACCUCAGAGCAGAGAGCACUCCAACCAAGGUUGUAUCCCUGUUGCCUUCUCAGGUCAGCCCUACUUCUCCAGAAAGCUCUCCAGUGCCCCCUUGUGUCAAGAUUGAGUAUGACAGCCCCCGAGAGAUUCACAGCCACUUCCACUGUGACUUCUCCCCCAUACAUUUUUGACCAUAUAUUUGUGGGUGCCUGAGAGAGUGUGUGUUUAAAGUAUCUGUGUAAGUAUGUCCCGUGUAUCUGAGAAAGUUUCUGUACUUUCUAUAGUCUCUAUUUCCAUAAUCAUUAGGAUGCUAUCAGUAUUAAUAUUAAUGUCAGCAGGCUAGGUUGGGCUGCAUUUAGCUGGGAUGCAAUAAAUGCUCACUGUUCUGUUAAUCUUUUAUUCCUGCAUUUAAUUUGCUUUGCCAUGAUUUCAAUUAAGGAUUCCCAACCUUUUUUGCUCCGCUGACUUUUUUUAUUUCAUUUUUGUUGUGGGCUGGAGGGACGGUGGUUGGGGGUGGUGGGGUAAGGUAACUGUUCUCCAUAUCCCAUCAGAAUAUGCAUGCACGUUCACAAAUGAGCGUUUUGACUGUUUAGUGGUCACCUCCAAACACAUAAAUAAACACUGAUACCAACUUAGAGAAUGACAGCGAGAUAAAGUGAGACAGAAAAGAGACUGCACACGUUCAUUUUAAGUCCCCUUAUUUAACAUUUAUAAGCAGUAUCUAAACAUUUAAUAAAAGGUUUAAGAUACACUGUAAUGUUGUAUGCAGAUAUAAGUGUUUUUUAUGCACUGUAUUUGUCAACAACUAUAACACUUCCUGUGGCCAUCAUGACAAGAUGGCAUAUAAACAGACAAUGAUUGAUAUUACAAUAAAACACAGUUUUGAUAAUAUAAAAUAUAUCUUCACUGAAGUUAUAACUGUUGACAAAUAUUGUACAUUAAAAGUGUUGCCCAGAAACCUAACUUAGUUUGGUUCAUAUUUAAAUAAGGUCACUUACAAAGAAAUAAAAUUACAGAUAGACUUCUCAAGAUCACUGAGGUCAGGUUUCAUGUCCAGCUGAGUGAUGCAAAGGUGGUGAUGACACACAGGUUAUCCUGUACGCUUAUGAUUGGCUAUAGUUGAUAAUAUACAUUGUUGUCAGUGUAUUGCUGGACAUGACAAAGAGUGAUUAGGAUAAAUGCAACAAACAGACUGGCCAAAGUUCAGUAUAAUUACUGCACAAUUGGAUAGAUAGAUACUGUGUUAAUCCCAGAGGAAAUUCUAGGAAAUUCUAGCAUCAGUUAUAUAAUCAAAAUUCAGCUUUGUCAUAUGGUUUACUUGUGGCCAUAUUGCGAGUGUUCCAGGGCCCAGUAACGGUCCACAGUCCAGGUGUUGGGAACCUUUGAUUGACAUGAGAUUUGAUGCUUAUGACUCAUUUCAGAUGAGCCGUUAGGCCACAAGAGGGCACUGUUCUUUUGUGUGAGACAACUGCAUACUAUGAUGUAUUAAACAGCUUAUU